UGUAUUUACAAUCCUUUGUUUCUAACAAGCUAAUAACAACUCGCGGAUCGUGCAGCGACCUGCUGUAUUAUUGUGAGAGCUGCAGAUUCUGUGGAGCCAACUGUGUUUUACAGUCUGUCUGCAUUGCGUCGAAACCCCCCCCCCUCCCCUCACUCUCUCCUAACCCCUCCCUUCCUCCCUCCUUCACUUCUUUUUCCUCUCCACAUGAAAUCCUGCAAUAUGCUUCUAAAUGCCCGGACAUACAUCCUCUGUGUGCGGCUAUAGUUCUGGAUCCUAAACCUUCCAAAGCCUCCGCGGUUUAUGUUUUUUUUUUUUUUUUUUACCGCAGCAAAAAAACAGGAGCGAGCUGCUUUCUGCUGAUGCUGCAGUCCCCUGUCCUCCCAGUCCUCCCAGUCCUAGCCGGCACACUGGGAGCUCGAUCCAGCGGUAUUCCUCCUGUUCCCUCCUGGUUUCCUUUAUUUCCAGCAUGAUUUUAACACAUUGUCACUCAGGAUUUUUGCAGCUGAGCCGCGACCGAAGCCGUCUGAAGCCUCCCCCUCCUGCGGGCUGCUGCGAUCGACGCUGAAAACCUACACCAAGAGGAUACGGAUGUUGACCAAGACAACAUAGUCUAUUAAUUUUUCAGACAUUCUGUAAAACGAUAUCAGUAUUAAACCCAAGUUAGGGGGAAAAAGGUGUGCACCGGUGAGGACCUUCCUCCCAUCUGCUGCAGCUCUCCAACUCAGCACAGGCGACGAAGCAUCGCUGAGAGAAACAAGAUGUUCAGCUCGGAGACGAUGAUGAUGGUGGCGAGGGAGGCUCUGCACAGCUCGCGGCCUCAGUAGAGGCUUCCUUCUCUUCGACCUGCUGUCCUUCACCUUCACGCCGCUUCCUCUUCCCGUCCUCCGCCCGCCAGGAAGGAUGACCGUGGUGUCCACCGAGAACAUGGACGAGACAUCCACGCUGCCGGGACACCCGCAGGACCUGUACCCGCCCGACGAUGACCACGACGACCAUGACUGCUGCGAGCGCGUGGUCAUCAACAUCUCGGGGCUGCGCUUCGAGACCCAGCUGAAGACCCUCGCGCAGUUCCCGGAGACCCUCCUCGGGAACCCCAAGAAGAGGAUGCGCUACUUUGACCCUUUAAGAAACGAGUAUUUCUUUGACCGGAAUCGCCCGAGUUUCGACGCCAUCUUGUAUUAUUACCAGUCCGGAGGAAGGCUAAGAAGGCCGGUGAACGUGCCGCUGGAUAUGUUCUCGGAGGAGAUAAAGUUUUACGAACUCGGCGCUGAGGCCAUGGAGAAGUUUCGUGAGGACGAGGGAUUUAUCCGGGAGGAGGAGCGACCUCUCCCGGAGAAGGAGUUCCAACGACAGAUCUGGCUCCUCUUUGAGCAUCCAGAGAGCUCGGGGCCCGCCCGGGGGAUCGCCAUUGUCUCGGUGAUGGUUAUUCUUAUUUCAAUAGUCAUAUUUUGUUUGGAGACUUUACCAGAGCUGAAGGAGGAUCCCAAGCAGCGGAUGCGCGUCGUGGGGAACAUCACCGUGUAUUACAAACCAAACUUCCUCACCGACCCGUUCUUCGUGGUGGAGACGCUCUGCAUCAUCUGGUUUUCCUUUGAGUUGAUAGUGCGGUUUUUCGCGUGUCCCAGCAAGGCGGCAUUCUUUAAAAACAUGAUGAACUCUAUCGAUAUCGUGGCUAUAAUCCCGUACUUCAUCACACUUGGUACGGAGCUGGCCGACGACCCGGACCAGAAGGAAGGGAAAGGAGGAGGCGAACAGGCCACGUCUCUAGCUAUUCUCAGGGUCAUCCGCCUGGUCAGGGUGUUCAGGAUCUUUAAACUGUCCCGACACUCGAAGGGGCUCCAGAUUUUGGGGCAAACUCUUAAGGCGAGCAUGCGGGAGCUGGGCUUGCUCAUUUUCUUCCUCUUCAUCGGUGUGAUUUUGUUCUCCAGCGCCGUCUACUUCGCCGAGGCCGAGGAGAAGGAGUCGUUCUUCACCAGCAUUCCGGAUGCUUUCUGGUGGGCCGUGGUGUCGAUGACGACCGUCGGCUACGGGGACAUGUACCCUGUGACCAUUGGAGGCAAGAUUGUCGGAUCGCUGUGCGCCAUCGCCGGAGUGUUAACCAUUGCCCUGCCGGUGCCCGUCAUCGUGUCCAACUUCAACUACUUCUACCACCGGGAGACGGAGGGCGAGGAGCAGGCGCAGCUGCUCAACGUCAGCAACCAGAACUUGGCGUCGGACACCAACUCGAGCCGCCGCAGCUCCUCCGCGGUCAGCAAGUCGGAGUACAUGGAGAUAGACGAGGACAUGAAGAACAGCAUCGAUAACUUUAGGGAAGCAAACCUUAGGACUGCCAACUGCACGGCGCCCAUCCAGAACUGUGUGAACAAGGGGAAGCUGCUCACCGACGUGUGAGGCCGGCGUCCAGCGCACCCGUGUAAAUAUUGUAGAAAAUAUCUCAAUGCUUUAUCUCCAUUGGUGCAUUUUAUUCUUCUUUUGCAUUGAUUAAUUCAAACAUGUGUGAAGACUUUAAAAAGUUCCAGGCACACAGUUUAAUUUAUUUAAAGGAAUUAGAGGCUCAGUUACUUCACGAUAAACACGACGACAGACUCGUUAGGCAACAGCGCAAAGAUCCGCAGGUGUCGGGGGAACAUUUUUGAU